CCAGGCCCGACUCCCGGGCCGCCAGCCACGUAGCCCAACCUCGGUGGCGGUCGCGGGGCUAGAAGAGCGUCGGUGGGCUGAGCAGUCCGCUUCCCGGCCUGGCUAGGCGUCUUCUCGGGACACCGGGAAUGGUGGUAGCACUUAGGGUGUAGAAGACUGAGAGAAACACAAGGGAAGUGCGCUACUGCUAGUUGCAGCGACCGGUUUCCUCACGAGGGGAUCGCCUAAGAAACGUGGGAACGGCUGUGACCAGCAGGCGGCGCGGUGACUGCAUAGCGUGCGGUUGGUCAGAGGCUGUUUUUCAAGCGCAAGCAAGACUUGAGUGCGAGUCAUUGGACUGGGCAGUAGGACCGACUAUGAAGCUGACGGAACUUGAGCGGCCAGCUGUCCGAGUGUGGAGCCCAGCCAGCCAGCACCCUGUGUCUGGGGCCACAGGAACAUCUUCCCAGCAGCUAGAUGUCUCUUUUAGCACAAAAGGCACAUUGGAAAUCUAUGAGGUUGAUUUCAGGGACCCUUCUCUGGACUUGAAACACAAAGGAGUCCUUUCUGCCUCAAGCAGGUUUCACAAGCUGAUUUCGAGAAGCUUUGGCAAUGGGCUUCUGGAAAGCUCCGGGGUUAUUGCAGGCGGCAGAGAUAAUGGCACGCUUACUCUAUACAACGUGACUCACACCCUGUCUUCAGGAAAGGAGCCUGUGAUUGCCCAGAAACAGAAACACACAGGCCUUGACUUCAGUCCUUUCCAGGGCAACCUCCUGGCCUCAGGGGCCAGUGAUUCUGAAAUCUUCAUUUGGGAAUUGAGUAACCUGAGUGUUGCAGUGACUCUAGGAUCCAAGUUACAGCUCUCAGAAGACAUCAGGGCACUCUGUUGGAACCAGAAAGUCCAGCACAUUCUGUCUUUUGCUAACCCCAGCGGCAUGGUAGUUGUGUGGGAUCUCAGGAAGAACAAGCCUAUCAUCAAAGUCAGCGAUCACUACAACAGGAUGCAUUGCUUGGGCCUGGCCUGGCACCCAGACAUAGCCACUCAGUUAGUGCUUUGCUCAGAGGAUGACCAUCUUCCUGUGAUUCACUUGUGGGACUUGCACUUUUCCUCCUCACCUCUGAAGGUACUAGACAACCACAGCAGGGGGAUUUUGUCAAUGUCAUGGAACCAGGCUGAUGCUGAGCUCUUACUCAGCAUUGCCAAGGACAACCAGAUCUUGUGCAGGAACCUGAGGAACAGUGAGGUGGUAUACAAAUUAUCCACACUGAGCAGCUGGUGUUUUGAUGUGCAGUGGUGCCCUCAGGACCCAUCAGUGUUUUCUGCUGCCUCCUUUGAUGGCUGGAUCAAUUUGUCCUCCGUGAUGGGCUGGAGCUGGGAAGUCCCGCACAUGAGGCAGGCUGAUAAGAUUUCUUCUUUCAGCAAAGGCCAGCCUCUCCCACCAUUGUAGGCGCCAGAGCAAGUGGCCCAAGCAUCAUGGGUACCUCCCCUGAAACGCCCCCCCAGAUGUAUUCGAAGGCCAGCAGGUGUUUCCUUUGCUUUUGCGGGGGGCUUGGUUACUUUUGGCGUUCCCACCACUGCUGACCAACAUGUGCCACAGCCUUGCCCCCACCUUGCCUUCAUCAGCCAAGUCACCACAGAAUCUGAAUUCCUGAAGAGGCCGGAUGAGCUUCAGGAGGCCCUGGGAUCAGGAAAACUCCUGAAUUCUUGUCAGAACAAGAGCCAGUGAGCUUCACUGCCAAGUGACAAGAUGCUCUGGAAGUUCCUGAAGGUUGCAGCACCAUUUCCCAGGCCACAGGUCGAUCCUCAGUCAUCACUGAUACCCUUGGCACCUGUCCCUGCCAGCCUUUGCCAGGGUUCCAGCAUGCAGACUGCAGGUGUUAAUGUGGCACUUGGACCCAAGGCAGACUGGCCUUUGUCUGUGGGUCUGGGGCUCAGGCCUGGACCUCAAGAUUCCUGGGAAGAUUCUCCAACCCCCAGGGGAAACUUUAGGAGUAAAAAGCUGCCAGAGACAUUUAUGCCCCCAGCACCAAUCACUAUUCCAGUUAGGAACCUCAGUACUGAGCCACCUCAUUACCUUCCGUCACAGCUCCCGUCUUCAGGGAGUCACGCACCCCCCAGAGCUCUAGGGGACCUCAGUCUGCAGCUUCAGCAGCUGCCUGCUAAGAAGACGGAAAAGAAGGAGCUGCCCCCAGAGCAUCAGUCCUUGAGGACUAGCUUUGAGGCACUGCUCCAGCACUGCCUACUGUCUGCAGCUGACUUGAAGACAAAAAAGAAGCUGGAUGAGGCGGCCCAGUGCCUAGAAGGUCUGUAUGAGAAGCUGUGUGAAGGGACUCUCUCACCGCAUGCUGUGGCCGGGCUCCAUGGAGUCGCCCGAUGUGUGGAUGCAGGAAGUUCCACGCAGGGCCUCGAGGUGCACGCCUGUGGGAGCUGCAGCGGCAUCAGCGGGGCGUCCAGCUUCACGCCUGUCCCGAAGGCUGUCCUCCCCACUGCACAUCAGCUGCAAGGCUGAGCCGGCAGCCUUUUGCCAGAGGCCACUUCUGCUGUCACUUGCCUCCUACAGAUCGAGUUUAUUUCCCACCCCUUCCCCUGCUGCCCAGUAUGUGAGGCUAUAGGUUUAGGUCAAACCAGCUGAGGGCCUACUUUUCGCCAUUUUGUGUCUGGCCACCGAGGGUCCAUCCACGAUGUCCUCUGCUGGGGGCAGGGUGGAGAGCCAGGUCUCACUUUCCUAAGUACAGCGUUGGGAGAGGUCCUGCCCCAGGGUGUCGUCCCCAGGGAUACUCUGUUCAAGUGGAUUCUGCAUCAUUGCCUCCAAGUCUACCUCUGAGUCUGACCUUACCUGCUUGCUUCCUGCCUCUGGCUUCAUACUUUCAAGCCUGUAUUCCUCUGUAGCUCCAAGGGCUGGUAGAGAAUUGGCUGUUUUUCACCCUCUGAACAAGUCUUGAUGUGAGGGUGGGACCUGGGCAGAACCAGAGAAGAAACUCAAGCCCCUUUUAAGUGGAAUUUCCCAUGUACCAGCAUUAUUAAGGGGAGGCUAGGUUAGGGGACAGCUGGAAGGGGCGAGCUGCCUUUCGCUGGGAGCUGUCUUAGGUUAGAAGAUGGGAGCAGAAGGUCCCCAGUUUCUUGGGAAGGGGCCUUGGCUCACUUGCAUUUGAGCCUGUCCCAAGGCCUUAGGCUGAUCAUUCUGUGGGGAUGAGCCCCACCAGGUAGGGGCCAUGUUAGCCAUAGAUUGUCUUUCAGCACUGCUUCUCACGGGCUGGGGGCCUUUCUCCCCUUCCGCUACCAUGCAUCUCAGGGCCGCCUUCUGGUCGUAUUCUCAUGGACAAAGUCUUUGUUUGACACACUGUUGUAUUUACAGCGCAAUAAAGCUGCUCUGGUUUGGUUUCUUCAGUCAUCUCCCAACUACUGCCUCCUUGGGGGCCUGUUUUGCCAUUACCGGUCUUUCAGAUUCUGUUUUUGUUCCCUGCGUCCUAGUAAGGGAACAGAAAGGCUGGGGAGGGGUACGUGAAAGAGAUGAAGUGAGGAACUUCUUCAGUCCAUGCCAUGGACUUGCUGAUCCUUGCUGUGGUGUGUGCCCUGCAUGUGUGUGUCCCUGUGUCUGUUCGUGCCCAAUGUUAGCUCCAGAGUUUUCUCCACACCACUUCGGGGCUGAGCUGCACAAA